AUGAUUGCUGCAAAGCGUAUUCUAAGAAAAGCACAAAGACAGCUUGCAUGCAGAAAAAGGAAGAUCGCCAUAGAGGAAAUUAUGGAAUCUAAGGGAGACCCAACAACAUUUUAUAAACUAGUAAGACAACAGAGAUCCUCAACAUCCAUGGGUACCGAGUUUCUCACUUUAAAUGGAAAGACUGCUGAAUCCAUAGAAGAGGUAACCCAAACGUGGGCACAGUACUUCCAACAACUUGCAACACCCACAGCAGAAAGUACCUAUGAUGACCUGCACUUAGGAAAAAUACAGGAUGACAUCAACCUUAUCAACCAGAUCUGUAACUCGUCUCACCAAGAUGAUAUACCUACCAUUACCAAGGAUGAAAUUCAUACAGCUAUAUACAAAUUAAACAACAGCAAAGCAGCAGACAUAUUUGGCAUUACAGCUGAACAUUUUAAGCUAGCAGGACCGUCCCUGAUAACAGCUUUACACUGCGUCUACAACAGAUUUAUUAAAAACCAGAAAAUUCCAGAAUCAAUUAAAAGAGGUAUUCUUACACCCAUCUACAAAAAGGGGGCGCCUGACAACCCCGGCAACUACCGUGGAAUAACUGUCACCCCAGUCAUCCUAAAAACCUUUGAGCAUAUUAUCCGUCAAAGACACCAAAUUAUCUUAGAAGAAACACAAUCCAGGCUUCAAACAGGAUUCACCAAAGGGACUUCCCCUCUUGUCUCAGCCCGUCCUACUUACAGAGUGCAUAAUAGAAUCUAA